GAAUCGAACCACGCCGAUGGAGGAGGCCUGCGAGAUCGCGCGCCUGCCGGAGGAGCUGGUCUCGGCGGCGCUGGCCCGCACGUCCCCGCGCGACGCCUGCCGGGCCGCCGCCGUCUCCCAGGCCUUCCGCGCCGCGGCCGACUCCGACGACGUCUGGGCCGGCUUCCUGCCCCCCGGCGGCCUCCCGCCGCUCGCCGACGGGGAGCCGCCGGGCCCCGCCCCGCCCUCGUCCAAGAAGGAGCUCUUCCUCCGCCUCUCCGCCGGCCCCGCGCUGCUCCAGGACAGGCUCGUGAGCGUGUGGCUGGACAGGGAGACCGGCGCCAAGUGCUACAUGCUGUCCGCCAGGAACCUCUUCAUCGUGUGGGGCGACACGCCGGAGUACUGGUCCUGGAUCCCGCUCGAGGACUCCAGGUUCUCGGAAGGUGCAGAACUCCUGGAUGUUUGCUGGCUCGAGAUCCACGGGAAGAUACACAGCAAGAUGCUCUCCCAAGACACAACCUAUGCCGCCUACUUGGUCUUCAAGAUGGCCGAUAAUUUCUAUGGGCUCAAUUUUCCUGUUCAAGAGGCAUCGGUCAGUUCUGGAGCAACCAACUUGACCCGCAAGGUUUGCAUACAAGCUGGCCACAGGGACAAUAACAAUUAUGACAGCGACGAUGACGACGACGACGACGACGACGAGUACGACGUGUAUCUCAAAGAGAACGUCACAUUCCCUCAGAAAAGAGUGGACGGGUGGCUGGAGCUGGAGCUGGGUGAGUUCUUGAGCGAGGGGGGCGACGACGGCGAGGUGUCCAUCAGCCUGACGGAGACCAAAGGCGGGAUGUGGAAGAGCGGGCUCAUCGUGCAGGGCAUCGAGAUCAGACGUAAGAAAUCGGGCUGAGCGAGGCGCUCCCAGGAUUCAUUCAACUCGCCCGGGUCAAAAGUAAAUGAAUAACGAGGAAAGCAUGUCUUUGUGUAGUAGUGUGUGUUUUUAAGCACUUGUCAUUUAGCUGCUAGAGCGUAUCAGUGACAGACAUUUGGUUUGCUUCUGGCGAUGCGAGAUCGUUGCGUCUAGUGGGUAAUUGGCAUAUGGUUAAUGUUUGA